AUGAAGAUCUAUUACAUUGGUAUCUUGAAAAGUGUUCCAGAUUCAAAAUCAAUUGAAUUAACUCAUGCUAAAGAUUUAUCAGAAUUUAGUUUCUUUGAAAGAAGUAGUGUUGCACAAUUUAUGACUUUUUUCAGUACUACAAUUGCACAAAGAACUGAAGCUGGUAAAAGACAAAGUGUUGAAGAAAAUAAAUAUGUUGGUCAUACUUUCACUAGAAGUGAAGGUGUUUCUGGGGUUUUAAUUACAGAUAAAGAUUAUCCUGUUAGACCUGCUUAUACAUUAAUAAAUAAAAUUUUAGAUGAAUUUUUAACUCAACAUCCUCCAUUACAAUGGAAAAAUUUAUCAGAAACAAAUUCAAGUUUAAAUUUACCAGAAUUAGAAAAUUAUAUUAAAAAAUAUCAAGAUCCUUCUCAAGCUGAUUCAAUUAUGAGAGUUCAACAAGAAUUAGAUGAAACUAAAAUUGUUUUACAUAAAACUAUUGAAGGUGUCUUGGAAAGAGGUGAAAAAUUAGAUUCUUUAGUUGAUAAAAGUGAAGCUUUAUCUGCAAGUUCAAAAACUUUUUACAAACAAGCUAAAAAGACAAAUUCUUGUUGUAUAAUUAUGUGA